AUGAUAUCGAUUAUAUGGAUUUUAAUUGUGCAAUAUGUUCGUACUUAGGAUUGCAAAUGCAAUUCAAAUUUUACUGAGUCAGAUGUAUGUUUGAUAAAUUAAGAAUGCAAAUUGAAUAUGUCUCAUUUUAAUAAGACUCUUCCAUUUAGUACUCUUUAAAUUGAAAAUUGUAAUGUGACGAUAUGUCUGUAAAAAUUUAUUAAUGUGAUAAAUUUAACUUAAUUGACAAUAUACAAUUCAAUUAUAAUAUAAGAUUAAGAUUGCUAAGCCAUUUUAGAUUAAUAUUUAGUAUUUAAUAUAUAUGAUGUAAAUAUAAUGGAAUCAAAAAUAUUAUUUUUGGGAUUUGUUGAUUUUCAAUUUAUAGGUUUGAAUAGUAUGAUUUUAAAUGAUACAUCAAUAACAUUAAAUACUUUAAGUAUUUGUACAAAUACUUUAAUAAUGAUAAAUUCUUCACUUAGAGCUUUAAAGUAGAAUAAAUCACAAUGUUCAUGUUUAAGUAAUUAAAAUUGUUCUGAUAUUUCUGAUAAAACGUAAAUAUUUAGUUUUGUCGGUGAUAUAACAUAAAACUAUUAAAAUUUAACACAAUAAUAUAUAGAAACAUAAUGGUAGGAAUAAUUUGAUUGUAGUUUAUUUAACAUAAAAAAAUUAAGGUAUUUUAGUGUAUUAAUAUCAGUACAUAAUUAAUUUAAUUUGACAUAAUAAUCUAAAAUAAAAGGAUUUUUUGUAGGAAUAUAUUCAUAUAAUUUAUCAAUCGAUAAUUCUAGUAUAAUAUCUAGUACAGGAAUGGGUUAUUUCACAAAUGAAGGAUAUGGUUGUGGAUAUACAGAUAAAAUAAUAGGUUUAAGAUAAUAAUGUGGAGGUACUGGAGGAAGUCAUGGUGGAAUGGGUGGAUUUUCAAUAAGUCCAAAGACAAAUUAUAAUUAAUUGUGUUCAUAAUUAUAAAGUAAAUAAAUAUAUGAUUAUUCAUUUAAUCCUACAUUACCUGGUAGUGGUGGAGGUGGAGUAACAUAUGGAGGAAUAUUUGAUAAUAUAGAAACACAAGGAUAAGGGGGAGGAGUUAUACAUUUAGAAAUUUUAAAUCUAUAAAAUGAUGGAAUAAUUAGUUCAGAUGGUACAUCAUAUAUUGAAGAACCAUUUUAUGGAAGUGGGAGUGGAGGUUCUAUUUAAAUAAGAAUUAUCUAUUUUAAUGGAUCUGGAUUAGUUUCUGCAAAUGGAGGUGGCUCUGAUUAUUAAGAUAAUUAGGAUUAGUAUUAAUUUGCUAAAUAAAAGUUUUAUUAAACAUAUUAAGUAUAUGGUGGAUUUGGAGGCGGAGGAAGAAUUAGAUUAUUCUUUUUUAAUAUUACUGAAAUGAUUAAUAGUUCUUAUUAUAGCGAUAUUAAUAAUACUAUAUAAACUAAUUCAGGAGGUAUGUCAAUCUAAUAAAAUAUAUUCCUUAAUAAAUCUAAUUAAACUCUUACUAAAUAUUAAGGUUCUAUUACACCUACUGGAUGUCCUUAAGGAACAUAUGGCAAUUAUUGUAAAAAUUGCCCUUUAGGAUAAUUUAAAAUGCUUUAUGGAUAAGCUGCUUGUUAACCAUGUUUCUAUUCUAUUGAUUCUGAAACUACUGAGUAUUAAUAAUCAGGAGAAAAAACACCUUUUUGUUAAAUUUAAUGUAAAAAUGGUAAAUCUCCUAAAGAUAAUUAAUGUUUAACUGGAUUAGCUGAAUUCUCAUUAAAAUUAGGAGGACAGAAUGUCAUUUUUGCCAUUUUUGUUAUUAUACUUUUAUUAUUAGUUAAUAUUGCUAUUGUUUGGGUUAGUAGAGAUAAAAAUAAAAAAAAAUCUAGAUAAUUUUAUGGAUCUUAUGAUGAUUCAACUCUAUAAUAAAUGACACACUCUCUAUCUGAAUUAAAUAAUAAAACUUAUUUAAUUAGUUAAGAUCUUCAUUUUCAUGUACGUAGAAUAUAUCUUGCUGGAAAUAAUACUUAUUAAAAUCCUUGGUCAAUUUAUUAAGAAACUUUCUUAGAUACAGAUCUUAAUCAAGGAGAAAAUUAAAAUUUAUAGAAUCUCUUUUAAACUUUUAAUGAAAAAGCUAAAUUUACUACUUUUGAAACAUAUACUUUAAUAUUUUUCAAAUUUUAUUAUUACCCUCUUUAUAUUUGGAUUCUAUAAUUAAUAUAAGCAAAUAAAUUUAAUAUACUUUCCAAAUUAUUUGUUUAAUAAGAAUAUCUAUUUAAUGAAUUAGAUCCUGAAAAAGAUAAAAUUAAACUUAAAUUAUCAUGUUCUAAAGAUAAAACUCUAGCCUUUAUUGAUCGUCUUAAUUUAGCUUUAAAAAUUGUUGAAUAAAGUAAUACUCUAGAAUUGCCAAUAUAUUUAGUUUUAAGUGGAUAUGGAACCUUUCCUUAUCCAUUCUAAAUUAAUAUUCAUGAUGCUCUCCUUAAGAGAUUAUGGUAAUAAUUUAGUUACAAUACUAAUGAAGAAACCAUUAAUCUUUUUGAAAAAUUUGUCACUGAAUUUAAUUAUUAUGCUGUCAAAAUAGAUUUUAGAUAAUCUUAAUCAUCAUUCAUUAAAAGAUUUUUAGAUCUACUUAAUUAUACAAAUUAAUAUAAUUAUGAAAUAUUUAGAAGAUAAAAUGCCAUCUAAGUUGAUAUCUGUAUUCAUAUCAUUGCUAUAUAACCAUCUGCAUAAAGUUAGGUAUAUCUACUUGGAAAUGCAAAUUAAAGAGAACUUGAAUUUCUAUUAAAAUAAAUUCAUGUUAUGAAAAACUUACCUUAAGAAUUCAAUAUCAAAUUAUCUAUCAUAUUUAAUCAUUAUAAUAAAGAAAGAGUCUUCAAUUUAGAAACAUUCAAUAAUCUAGUCUAUAAUAUUAAUGAAUAAUUAUCAAUUAUUGUUAAUUAAGAUAAAGAUGAUCUAAGAAAUUAAAUUUAACAAGAGAAAAAAAAAAUGUAAUCCAAAAUUAAUCGUUUUAAAAUAGAUGGAAUGAAAUAAUAUAAACUUUAAGGAUACCAAAUUUUUACUAGAUUUUUUACUUGGCUUUUUAGCUAAAUUACUAGAUAUAGAGACAGUAAAGUUAAUUAAUAAUUCCUUAUUGCAGGAAUAUGUAUUGUCCUAGCUAUUUAAUGGGUACUAUUUCAUAACUAUUAGAAAGUGUUUUGUCAUAGCUUAUCCUGUACUUUUAUUUAUUGUUUAUGAUUCUAAAUCAGAUAAAAUAUUUUUGGCUGAAGUUAUCACUUAACUUGUCAUAUUCCCUACAGCUUAAAUCGUAAGUUUAAUUAUUCUUUCUGCUUGGGUAAUACUAUUUAAAUAAUUAGCUCCUAAAAUCAAGAAGAAAUUAUGGUAAAAUGUAUCUUUUAUUUAAUUUAUGUGCUUUGGCAAGUUCCUUAAUUGAGUUUAUUUUUGGAUGCUAUGAUUUAUUCAACUUCAAUUCACUUGUUGAAUUUAAUCUAUUUAAAUUGUUUCCUUUCUUUUUCAUUAUGCUUUCAUCACAUUUAGUUUGUUUAUAGAUGAACUUUAAUGAACUCAACAAGACUAAAUAUUUUGAAAUAUGA